CCUACGAAACGCAAUACCGAAAGCAGUUAAGCGAAACGUUCAGUUCGUGCACGAUGUACGUGAUACCGCGGCGCUCACAGGGCGGUUGAUAAUAUUUUAUCAACAAAUAGAAAAUAUUAUCACUGUCGUUUGUAAAUAUAUUCUUAGAGUGUAAAACUUUUUUUUAUUAGAACGUUUUUUUUUUUUUUAUUUAAAUUACUGUUUCUAGUUUACCCGUCGUUACAAAUUGAUCGCAAUAUUGACGCGAAAUUCCAAUGUGAACGUGUUUGCCCGACGGGGACAUGCCGCCAGAGACACACCGUUUUCAAAGUUAUUUUUUUCACCGUUUUCACCGAUAUCACGGUAAAAAGUGUUUGCACGACCGUCUACAGAAUAAUCAUCGUCGUCGUAAUGCUCGUCAUUGUUAUCGUGGCGAAGACGGUAUCUUAAUUCAAAGGUCUCCUAAUAAAAUGUAGCCAAAAAAAAAUCAAAUAAAUUACGGCUAAACAAAUCGCUUCAUUCAUAAAUUCUCUAAAUUUACAAAAAAAAACAAAAUGCAACAAGAUCAAUUCACUUUUCCAUCCAGUGUCGAAAUUCAACAAUACGUUGGACCCUAUCGACUAGAAAAAACUUUGGGCAAGGGGCAAACUGGACUUGUCAAACUAGGAAUCCAUUGCGUGAAUGGCAAAAAUGUUGCCAUUAAGAUAAUUAAUCGAGAAAAACUUAGUGAAUCAGUUCUAUUAAAAGUGGAAAGAGAAAUAGCAAUUAUGAAACUCAUCGACCAUCCACACGUUUUAGGAUUAUCAGACGUAUACGAAAAUAAACGAUACUUGUAUUUAAUCUUGGAACAUGUAUCUGGUGGUGAAUUAUUUGAUUAUCUGGUUAAGAAAGGUAGACUGACGCCCAAAGAAGCAAGAAGAUUUUUCCGACAGAUCAUUUCUGCUUUAGAUUUUUGUCAUAGUCAUUUGAUUUGUCAUAGGGAUUUGAAGCCAGAAAAUUUAUUACUUGAUGAAAAGACUAACAUUAAAAUUGCAGACUUUGGUAUGGCAUCGCUACAACCUAACGGCAGUAUGCUUGAGACAAGUUGUGGUUCACCUCAUUAUGCUUGUCCUGAAGUUAUUCGGGGUGAGAAGUAUGAUGGACGAAAAGCAGACGUCUGGUCUUGUGGAGUUAUCUUGUAUGCUCUUUUAGUAGGCGCUCUACCUUUUGACGAUGACAAUUUGAGGCAGUUAUUAGAAAAAGUUAAAAAAGGUGUCUUCCACAUACCACAUUUUGUUCCGCCUGAUUGUCAAAACUUACUUCGAGGAAUGAUUGAAGUUAAUCCAGAAAAACGACUUACGUUAAAGGAUAUCAACAAACAUCCAUGGGUUACUGCCGGAGGAAAAGGAGAAGUGCACUUAGGCAUGUCUAUGAUUGACAUUAUUCAAACUCAUAUAAUUCCGUCCGCCAGUGAUUUAGAUACCGACGUACUACAGGCCAUUUCUAGUCUUGGUUGUUUUAAAGACCGGGAAAAACUUAUAGCCGCCCUAUUAAGCGUCGAACACAAUACUGAAAAAGUUAUAUAUUUUUUAUUACUUGAACGCAAAAAAAGAAGGCCAGCUAAUGAAGAUGACUCAUUGAUAGUUAAAAAUACUAGCAAAAAUAGUUUUGACCCACCCAAAAAAAGAGUAGACACUUGCAAAAUGAUCGAUGACAUCGACAGCAAUUUUUCACAAAUCAGUGCUGGUUCCCCUGCUACACCCCGCAAACAGAUAUUACAAAAUCGCAUUUAUUACAGACGGGGCAGCUACAACAACGUAAAUGCGACAAGUGGAAAUUUAGGUUCAAAUUUAGCUAGUUCUUCGACACUAGCUGGUAUACUGUCACCUCUUCCUCAAAGAUCUAAUUCUACAAAUUAUCGUUACCACAACCAUCAUCAUAAAAGUCCUUCGACAAAAUCACCCACGACUCCCUCACAUGGCAACUAUAUAUCAUCACAUAAUCAUUCCAACAGUAGCGGAGGCAGUAGUAGUAGUAUAGAUACUAUCAGUAUGAACAACAGUAUAGUGAGAAAUAUACCGAUUGUGCCGCCAUCGCCAGUGCAUCAUGCUAAGCAAGCUAAAGUUGACAUGCAACAUCCACCUGCAAAUUCAAUUGCCUGUACCCCACCCGAGUCACCGUCACAUUUAUCGAAUCACUGGAAAUCAAGACUAACGUCCAUACGAAAUAGUGUUUUAGGUUCCCCAAAGUUUCAUAGGCGUAAACCUCAGCUGGAUGUGAUAGAUAAUGUGUACAAACCUACGCCCGAAUCCUCUCCAGAAAUGACUAAAAGGUCGUGGUUUGGCAGCCUCAUGGCGUCAGAAAAAGACGAAACGUUUACUAUUCUGAUAAGUGGUAAACCUCUAUCCACCGUCAAAGCUGACCUGAUUCACGCUUUACUAUCGAUAUCAGAGCUGAGCCAUACUGUCACGAGCCCAUUAUCGUUUCGAGUCGAGUAUAGGAGAGGUACAGGAGGGACAGCGAUGUUUCAAAGACAAGUACGUUUCCAAAUCGAUCUCUCAGAUGUAACGAACUCAAAUUCAACCAGAGACUAUUUGUUUGCCAUUGUAUUCACUCUUCAUUCAGGUAAUAUACGUCGAUUUCGUAGGGUAUGCGAUCACAUCCAAACGCAAAUGUGUGCUAGAAAAACGGUCCCUUCUUCGCCAAGAGCGGGCAGAAAAUUUAACACUGACCUAUCAGAGAGCUCAAGUUGUGGUUCAGAUACUUCUGAAAGGCUAUCGCCUUACGUGAAUUUCAGAACCGUCGAAUCUGAUCAUAGGGACGACAAAAUGAGACUGAUGACCGGCCAAUGCGGCGUGCCUUCUGCUGUUUCGCAUAACCGACAGAGGAGACGCAGUUCCAGUUUGGCAAACAGCAACCACUUCAAUGGUAGUAACAAUAACUCGCUAGCGAAUUCACCAGUAGGAUCUGGUGGAGGUAGCAGCAACGGCCGAAGUGAUGUUCAAAUAUUACCCACCCGCUCUAACAGCGAGACUAAAACAACCGACAGCUCUUACAUGUCGGUGUUAGGCUCGAUGUCUUGAUCAGAACUGAACGCAACGAUUUCCCGUUAAUGAUAUUCGUUUAAAAAGAAUUAUUAUUAUUGCAUAGGUGUAUAAAAUUAUUAUGUGAAUACAUAAGAUUGGAACAAUAUAUUUAGUAAAAAUGAAUAAAUCGCAUGGGUGUUGUAAAGUAAAUGAGAACUGAAAAAGAGCAAAUGGAAAUCUAUAUUUUCAUGCACAAGAUAUACAACAUUUUGUCAUUGAGAUUUUUUAUUUUUUUAUGAUUGAGCUUCAUAUGAUGUGCAUUUUUAAUAUAUAUAUAUAAAUAUAUAUUGAUAAUUAUUUAUCUAUAAUUAAGCAAUUAAAAUUAGUGAACGGCAAUGGUAGACAGUGAUGAUUGUAAUUUUCAGAUGAUUUCAGUUACAUACAAGUACUGUUUAUGCGAAAGUUAUAAGUUCUUCUUAGUUCCUAUAGGUAAUGUUUGAAAAAUUCUUUAAUUGAAAGUUAGUAGACAACGAUGAACUUUUUAUCGAAUAUCAUCAAAUAGAUAAUAGGUCUAAGAAUUCUAAUAUUGCAGAAUAUUCGUUUUACUUACCAGAAUCGAAUUGUUAAUAAUAACAGUAAUUGUCAAGAAGUGAACGUGCACUAAAUGUUUAUAUUAUUUAUUGAGUGUAACUAUGAUUAACUGGUAAAAUUACAUACAUUUCUUUGUAAAAUAACUAAGUCUGACAAUAUAACAUGGAAAACUUUAAAAAACCAUAAAUUUUCCAAAAUUUGCUCCAAUUUUUAGUAAUUAAUUAGUUACAAUUUUAGGUUGCACAGUAAGACAUUUAAUUAAAAAACAAAGUUGCCAAAGUAUGAAAAUCAAUAGUUUAACUAAAAGUUUUCUACAUUUAAGGUGUACACAUUUAAAAUUGUGAAAUAAAAAAUAGACAUAUUAUUUAGGGUGAAUUGGCGUAAUUAUAAUUAAUUAUUUCUCUUAUAAUAUUAUAUUUUAUUUUAUAUAGAAAAUUUUUGGUACUUAUAUGUGUUACUAUCAUUAUAAUUGUAAGUUUGAAAUAAAUUGUAUGUAUUUACAACUAUUCCUAUCUGUACAAUUACAUCAAUUCACUCUAUUUAAUUUUAAAACCUGAUUUAAGAAUGCCAUUAAUCUUAAAACUAACUUUUGGUUUCUGAUAUUAAAAUAGGUGACCAUAAUAGGGAAUCGAAUAUAAAAAAGUAAUUAUAACUUUCAAAAUAUUGUGAUACGAAACAGUUCUGGAACAUCCUCGACUUGUACUGCAAUUUAUUAAUUUUACUCCUUACUUAAUUUAUAAAAAAAUCUUACAAAUAUCAACGAGUCAGAAAUAAUGAAUAAUUAAAGAUAAUAUUUAUUAGAAUCAACAAGAUAAUUUUUUUAAGUAAAAAUUUAUUGCGUUUAAUAAUUUGUUAGAAGUUAAAUAAUACUUCAAAGAAUUUAAAAGAUGACACGGUACUGUGUCACGUGUCAGAGAUGAUCUUCAUUUCCUAUUGAAACCAAAUUAUUUAAUAAAAAAUUACUUGUUUCAUGGCUUAUUCCAAUGUGAUGCUUGUAUUGUUUUAAAUCUAGUAUUUUGUUUUAUUUUUAAGUUUUUCAGUGUUGACCACUUCAACUGUGGAGAUCUCUAUUAGCAUAAUUUAAAUAAUUUUUUUUUAAGAAAUUGAGUGCUUAAAGCUUUUAUUGUUAUUGCAUAUUACAAUUUUUUUCAUUAUACAAUUGCACUGUGAUCUAUGUUUUUAUUAUACCAUUUAAGUUUUUAUUUUAUAUUAUAUAAAGUAUUCAAAAUCAAAAAAAGGAAUGUAUUGUUUUAACAUCUGUAUUUACAUUAUAGUAUAAAUAACCACUCUUCAAACGUUACAUAAACAAUUUUUACAGUAUGCUAAGUUAAUUACUAUAACAUAGUGCCUUAAUUAUGCAUAAUUUUUUUUUUGAAAACUUAUAACGCAUUAAAAAAUGAAUUAAUUGAUCAUAGCAUUAUUAUUUUUCGUUAUUGUUUAAUUUGUAAAAUAAUACUUAGGGAGUCAACUUCACUGCUUUUCUUAAGAACUUAAUUUUUUUUUAAAUAGCAUAUUGAUGGUAUUGUACUACUAUGCAUACUAAAUGUUAUUAUUCAUUUACCAUUGAAAAAUUUGUAUAAAUAUAUAAUUAACUACUAUUUAAUUAAUUAAUCCUACUAUAAUUUAAAAUUAAACAAUUUUCAAUCCAACCGUCAAAUACUUGCAAAAAAUAUUAUGUUUAUACGUCUGUAUAUUAUUUGUGAACAAACUAAAUGCAAAUAAAUACUAUUAAACUUGUUAAUAAAA